AUGACAACCACACUCCUUUGUCCAACUAUCGUCACGGCCUCAGCCAAAAAAGACCUUUCGCCUUGCUUAGGCCUACCGCCACAGCUAUACCACAGCUACACCACAGCUACACCACAACUGCACCUCAGCUACACCACAGCUAUACCACAGCUACACCACAGCUACACCACAGCUAUACCACAGCUACACCACAGCUACACCACACUACACCACAGCUACACCACAGCUAUACCACAGCUACACCACAGCUACACCACAGCUAUAAAACAGCUAUACCACAGCUACACCACAACUGCACCUCAGCUACACCACAGCUAUACCACAGCUACACCACAGCUACACCACAGCUAUACCAUAGCUACACCACAGCUACACCACAGCUAUACCACAGCUACACCACAGCUACACCACAGCUAUAAAACAGCUAUACCACAGCUACACCACAACUGCACCUCAGCUACACCACAGCUAUACCACAGCUACACCACAGCUACACCACAGCUAUACCAUAGCUACCCACAGCUACACCACAGCUACACCACAGCUAUACCACAGCUACACCACAGCUAUACCACAGCUACACCACAGCUAAACCACAGCUAUACCACAGCUACACCACAGCUACACCACAGCUAUACCACAGCUACACCACAGCUACACCACAGCUAUAAAACAGCUAUACCACAGCUACACCACAACUGCACCUCAGCUACACCACAGCUAUACCACAGCUACACCACAGCUACACCACAGCUAUACCAUAGCUACACCACAGCUACACCACAGCUACACCACAGCUACACCACAGCUAUAAAACAGCUAUACCACAGCUACACCACAACUGCACCUCAGCUACACCACAGCUAUACCACAGCUACACCACAGCUACACCACAGCUAUACCAUAGCUACACCACAGCUACACCACAGCUACACCACAGCUACACCACAGCUAUAA